AUGAACUCACGACUGCAUGCUUCUGAGCGCUUCAAGUGCGGAUGUCUCCACGAUUUACUAGCCGUAGUGGCGUUCCAUGAAGGUUCCUGGGUGAAGAUCCUGCGACCAGAGUCUUAUUGGUUCCAACAGCGAGGUCAGGUCGUGAACGUGAACCAGAAGCCUGAGGUAAAGUACCCCGUGACUGUGAAGUUCGAUUCCGUGAAUUACGCCAAUGUGAACACGAACGGCUAUGCUCUGUGGGAGGUGAUUGAGGCCUUUGUCCGGCAGUUACUUCUCGGCUCGGCGGAAGAUUGGGAUGUUUCAAGGGACGGGGGCUUCAGGAAGCUAUCUGAUGCAUGA